GAACGCGUCAAGACGGUCAGGAGAGAACGGAUCUCCCCGAAAGAAAACUCAAAAGUUCUUUGAGUUUAAAGAAAACGAAUCUAUACUAUAAAUAAAUAAAUAAAUAUAAAAUUUAACCAAGUGGCAAAGUGAACUUGAUUUGAAGUUUAACGAAUUUAAAUAUUGGAAUAUUUCAAAAUGAAUUAUUAAUAAUAAAAAUCAAGUGUGCAAGUGUACCAGUUGAUAACCAGAAUAAAACCCACAAUAACAGUGAAAAGUUAUCAUAACCAAAUCGAACUACAACUGAACUUUGUGUUCAGCUCUCGAAAAGUAGAAUAAUGUUUGAGAAAAAUAUGGAUACAAAUAAUCUGUCAGUGUCCAUUAGCGGGGACCUGGACUCGACCAGCUCCGGCGGCACUUCAUCGGAUCAUUCGGCGGUGCAACAGGAUCAUCUCAGCUCUCCCAUGGCCUACGGUUCACUCUUCCUGCCAAAUCCCGGCUAUCGUGGCAACCUCUCGUGCAAGACCGUCUUGCAGUUGGAUAAGUUUGGUCCGUAUGAGGGCGCGGAAAAGGAUCAUCUGUUGGAGCGUCGCUUUCAGGAUAUUACCAACGAUUACGACAAGUCCCCACCGCCCACGGCCUCGACCACGCCCACGCACUAUCCCACACUGAAUAGCAUUAUGUUCGAGAAUGGCGGUGGCGGUGUCGGCGGCCCCUUGGGCGAUCUCAAUGGCAAUACGAAGACAGAUGCCCUUUGCGCGGGUCUCCAAAGAGCUGGCGUUGGUCUAGGUGGUAAUCCGGGCAGCGGGGGACAUCUUAUAUCGAAUCUAACGGCUGCCCACAACAUGUCCGCCGUGGGCAACUUUCCCAUCGAUGCCAAAAUGCUGCAGUUCUCCACAGAUCAGAUCCAAUGCAUGUGUGAGGCACUGCAGCAGAAGGGCGACAUCGAGAAGCUAACCACCUUCCUGUGCAGCCUGCCGCCCAGCGAAUUCUUCAAGACCAACGAGAGUGUGCUGCGGGCCCGCGCCAUGGUCGCCUACAAUCUGGGACAAUUCCACGAACUGUACAACCUGCUGGAGACGCACUGUUUCUCCAUCAAGUACCAUGUGGAUCUGCAGAAUCUCUGGUUCAAGGCGCACUACAAAGAGGCCGAAAAGGUGCGCGGUCGUCCCCUGGGUGCGGUCGACAAGUAUCGCCUGAGAAAGAAGUAUCCCCUGCCCAAGACGAUAUGGGAUGGCGAGGAGACGGUCUACUGUUUCAAGGAGAAGUCGAGGAAUGCCCUAAAGGAUUGCUAUCUGACCAAUCGUUAUCCCACGCCCGAUGAGAAGAAAACGCUGGCCAAGAAGACGGGCCUAACGCUCACCCAAGUCUCCAAUUGGUUCAAGAAUCGCAGGCAAAGGGAUCGUACGCCCCAGCAACGAUCUGAUAUUAUGUCGGUGCUGCCAGUGGGCCAAUUGGAUGGCAACGGCUUCCCGCGCAUGUUCAACGCCCCCAGCUAUUAUCCCGAGACGAUUUUCAAUGGGCAAUAAACUUCGAACCAUUCGAAUGGGGUCUGGUCUCCAUUGUUUUGUAAAUACUGCGAUUUUAUGUUAAAAAAAAAAAACAAAAGCAAAUGAAAAACUGGUCAUCAAAUGGCAUCAUAUUGUUUAGCAUUAGAAUAAUCUACAUUUUGCUUUAUGUAUUGUACAAUAAUAAUAAAUAAAAUGAAUGAAUUUUACGAGUAUAAUUGCAAUAGAU